CCGCGCAGUGACGUCUGCGGGGCGGCGCGGAACGGAGUAAAACAUAAAUACACUCGUUUUCUUGGGCUGCUGCGUGGACACCCCUGCCCGUGCCGAACUGUAAGAGCGUGCGGGAGACAGGAAGGCGGCCGUUCCAGUGAGCGGCUCCGUUCCGCGUCGGGGCGGGCUAACCGCGCGCGCGGCAGGUGCGCAUGCGCGAGACGGGAGCACAGGGCGUACCCCAUGUUGGAAGAUGCCAGCUACUGCAUAUGAAAGAGUAGUUUACAAGAGCCCCUCCGAGUACCACUACAUGAAAGUCUGCCUAGAGUUUCAAGAGCAUGGAGUUGGACUGAAUGCAGCCCAGUUCAAACAGCUGCUUGUUUCAGCCCUGAAGGACCUGUUUGGGGAGGUAGGUGCUGCGUUACCAGUGGAUGUCCUAACCUAUGACGAGAAGACCUUGUCAGCCAUCUUAAGAAUAUGUAGCAGUGGUCUGACCAAGUUGUGGAGCUCUUUGACCUUGUUCGGAGCCUAUAAAAACAAGAAAUGUGCCUUCAGAGUGAUUCAGGUGUCUCCCUUUCUCCUUGCAUUAUCCGGUAAUAGCAGGGAACAAGUAUUGGCUUGAAUAUUCUUACAGUUCUAGAAAUCUCCACUAUAUAGUAUGAAAACAGAAGCAGGCUAAAGCCCCAGUUGAUGACAUUUGGAGCUACUGAAGAUGUUCUCUGUGAUUUCUGGCCAUUGUCUCUGGUGGAGCGGGCUUCAAAGGAGACUGUGGCUGAAUCAACUGGUGCCGACAGGACAGCACUUUCGGCAUGUGCACUUGAAGGUUGGAGACCGAGCUGAGCUCAGCAGAGCCUUCACACAACAGGAUGUGGCUACCUUCUCAGCGAUAACAGGAGAUGUCAAUCCUUUGCAUUUAAGUGAAGAUUUUGCAAAACACACCAAGUUUGGAAAGACAAUUGUGCAUGGAGUUCUGAUAACUGGACUUAUUUCAGCUCUCCUGGGUACUAAAAUGCCAGGGCCAGGCUGUGUGUUUCUUUCCCAGGAAAUUAAGUUUCCAGCCCCUUUAUAUAUUGGAGAAGUGGUUUUAGCAUCUGCAGAAGUGAAAAGGUUGAAGCAAUUUGUUGCUGUUGUUGCGGUGUCCUGUUGUGUAAUAGAAAGUAAGAAGACAGUUAUGGAAGGCUGGGUUAAAGUUACAGUCCCAGAAGCUCCUAGAUCCUGAUGUACAAGUGUAAAGUUAUAAGUUGAAACACCUGUGCCCAUCAGGGGGAUGGACCGUGUUCUUCAUUAAGGAAUGCUGGUAUAUCUGGAAGCCAGCAGACGGCUUGUUCUAAUGUCUGCUUUCUAGAUUGGCUUAUGCUUUACCCAGGCUUAAGUCUGUGCAAGAUUUUAUUAUCUGUGGAGAUUUGGGUUUUUUCCAAUUAAAAAACAAUUGAGAGGGACUGGAGAGAUGGCUCAUGAGUUACAAUCACUGGCUGCUCUUCCAGAGGAUCUGGGUCCAACGCCUAGCACCCACAUGGCAGCUCACAGCUGUUCGCAACUCUAUUCUUGGAAUCUAAUGCCAUCUUCUGGCCUCUGGAAACUACAUGCAGAUGGUACACAGACACACAUACAGGCAAAACAACCGUACAAAUACUAAUACAUACAAAUAAUAAUAACAGCAAAAAUCCUUGUAAAAAUUGAGAAAGCUAUUUAUCUGCAUGUUUUACUUAUGUUUGUAUUUGAUAACGUGCCUAUAUUUGUUUUUAGGAAGUUUCUUACUGAAUUUAUACCACUGUGUAUUUAGUUACUAACUAUAAUGAUGGAAGUAGGGUCAUCUUUGAAUGUCUACUCUUUACCAUUAAAUAUUCUUAACCCUUU